AUGGAAGGUAGUUCGCCAAUAUCAAACAUGUCCUCAGCACUAACAUUUGGGAUUACGGAUUAUGUUGUGUUCGUCCUUAUGCUAUGUGCCUCGCUGGCUAUUGGCAUCUACUUCGGCUUCUUCUCCAAGGCCAAAAACACAACCGAGGAGUAUCUGCGUGGUAGCAAAAAGAUGCAAACAGUGCCCAUAGCCAUUUCCUUGGUCGCCAGUCAGCUAUCAGGCAUUGCCAUCAUGUCUGUGCCGGCCGAGACAUAUACGUUUGGCUUCAACUACAUUUUUAUAGUGCUCUCCAUGGUGCUAGUCGUGCCCCUGCUGAUUUACGUUGUAGCAUCUGUCUUCUACGAGAACAAUGUCUCCAAUUGCUAUGAGUACCUGGAGAUACGCUUUGGCAAGUUUAUGCGAAAGGUAGUAACACUCACAUUUGUGCUGAACUUGUGCCUCAUGCUGCCCGUGUAUAUGUUUAUACCCUCUCUGGCAUUUGCGCAAGUCAGCGGCCUUAACAUUCAUCUGAUCAACAUUGUGGUUUCAUCGAUAUGCGUUUCCUAUACAAUGUUGGGUGGCAUCAAGGCGGUUGUCUGGACAGAUGUGGUUCAGGGUGGCAUCAUGUUGACCUCGGUAAUUCUGGUAGGUGUGCUGGGCACUGUACAAGCGGGCGGACUGAGUUCGGUGCUUGAGAGUGCUAGCAAAGGCGGACGACUUGAUUUCGAUUAUAGAUUGGAUCCACGCAUACGCCUCACUGUGUGGAAUGGCCUCAUGGCGGGCUUUGUCAUGUGGCUGGGUCACAUUGGUUUCAAUCAGAGCUGUGUGCAGCGCAUUGUCGCCUUGCCCUCGUAUGCGCAUGCCAAAGUAUCUCUUAUCAUUGCGUCAUGUGGAAUUUUGCUAAUCAUGGGCGUUAUGAGCUUCACUGGCAUCAUUAUGUUUGCCCGCUACUUCGGCUGCGAUCCCAUGCUAGCUGGCCUGGUCAGCAAGCCAGACAAAAUGAUGCCCUUCUUUAUACAGGACAUAAUGGGUAACCUGCCGGGCAUGCCCGGGCUGUUCAUCUCGUGCGUCUUUAGCGCUGCGCUCAGCACGCUCUCUGCGAAUCUUAACUCGCUCGCUGGCGUCGUUUACUUUGACUACAUUAAGCCAUUCAUACGGCAUACGGAGGCACGAGCCAAUGCCACGAUGAAGCUCACUAUCAUCCUCAUGGGUAUUUACUGCAUCUUCGGUGGCUUCGUGGUGCAGCACUUCAAUUCCAUAAUACAGACCGUGAUGAGCAUCACGGGCAUUAGCACGGGAGCUGUGACAGCCGUCUUCCUCCUGGGCAUACUUUGUCCGCGCGUGAACAGCAAGGCAGCCUCAUCGGGCAUUAUAUUUAGCAUAGUUGUGAUGGUAGCUAUUGUUAUCAAGACACAGAUGCAGUUGAAGGCCGGCGUCAUCAAAUAUGAUAUCUUGCCCAAUACUCUGGACCAAUGUGAGGCCAAGAAUUUAUACACGAUUUUUAACGCAACCUACAACAACAAUGAACAUACCACGCCAAUAUCUGUUCUUGAGACUCCAACUGAGGCGCCUUUGGUAACAGGCACCUUUGGCAGUAAUCGUGACUUUUCGAUAUUUGAAAUAUCAUUUUUUUGGUACAAGUUUCUGGGUGCGAUCUUGACGUUCCUCUGGGCACUGCCCAUGAGCUACAUCUGCAAGCGGGAUAAACAGGAAUCGCUAGAUCCGAAACUCUUUACGCCCUUCGUACGGAAAUUCCUGCCCCCGAAUCUUGUGCUAGAAUUGGAGGAGUUGCCACUGAAGGUAUCGCCGCUAGCGCAAGAUUUAUGAGCAGAUACAUUUAAAGAAUUCUGUUAAAUUUG